AUGAAAGUAGCGGAUGUCGUGGUGGAGCACAAGAACGACAUCAUCAACUUGCAGACGUUUCUUUCUCUCCUACUGAAUCCAGCGGCAAGUCAGAAGAUACUGCCAAUUUUUGUGCAAAUUGUCAACUGGAAAAUAAAAAAGGUGAUCAUUGAAAAUGAUACAGGAGAGGAGAUUUCGUUGAAUAAAGAAGCAAAAAGGACAUUUGGACACAAGAUUAAGGUCGUGUGUAAGGAUUCGGAGUACCUUGCCUAA